UUGUCGUGUGACACACGACAACAAUAAUACGGAAGAGGUGGGAAUCAGGUGACACCACUCGCAUACAGCCUGUAUUUCUGACAGCAAAAACCAGAGUGCAUUAUGGAGGACCAGGAGAUGCAACUGAAAGUCAGAAGAGUGACUGACAAAUUCACGGAGAGCAUGUACGUCCUGGCUAACGAGCCGUCAGUGGCUCUCUACAGGCUGCAGGAGCACGUCAGGAGGUCUCUGCCAGAACUGGUCCAGCACAAGACUGAUAUGCAGAGCUGGGAGGAACAAAGUCAAGGAGCCAUCUACACCGUAGAGUAUGCAUGCAGUGCCGUGAAGAGCAUGAACAACAGCAGCUUAUAUUUCAAAAACAUUGACAGUCUUCUCCGUCAAGCCAUCAGCACGAAGGAACAGAUUAAUAACUCUCAAGGACGCAGCUUAAAUGAUGUGACUCCCUCUCCCAGCCCCCUUGUCACUGCUCCACUUGCCCCAUCCACUUCCUCAUGACAGACAGAGGUGUCCAAGGAAAAGGACCGCGGACUCAGGCAUGCUGAAGGAGGGGGGAGAAAAGCACAGCUCUGGGAUGUGAUGUGACUUCCUAAGUUGGUGGCGUUGCCUUUACAGUCUUGCACUGCUACCUAUUGACUGUGGCUGCAAGUGGGUUCAGAAGGGCAACACCUCCUCAUCACAAUGGAGUGGCUGCCUACAAUGACCCCCCCCCCAGUACAAGCCACUCAGUGGAACAGAGCACGCCAGCACUGCCAGGUCCAGCAUUAAAAACACUUAAGUCAUGCCUGCUCAAAGAAUGCAUUGUUCUCUCUGGACGGAUCAGGGAGACAGCAGCACGGCUGUUUUGCCACCGCUGUUGAAAAUCCAUUGCACAGCCAAUGUUUUGGAGACUAGUUUUCAGGGGGGUUUUUUUGUGAGUUUGUUGUGCUUCUUCUGUAUAAAAAGUUUGCCUGAUGGGGGCCAAACGUGCUUACACAAAAAUGCGGACACUUUUAAAAGUAAGAAUCACUUUUUUUGCUCAGUCUUACCUAUUAAAUAGACGGAAACUCCCAGACAGAAGAGUCCAAUAGCCACAUGUCGCACAGCUCUGCUGUCCAAGAGGAACCAGUCUGCUCUGUUGAAAGACAUCUGAUAUGUUCAGUGUUUUGACUCUGACAUGUUUGUUUUUCAACAUUGCUGCUUUAUCUCUUUUGCAUUGGUGGAUAGCUUAAAAUGACAAUUUUUGUUUAUUUAUGUGCUCAUUUCCUUUCCUAUACAAUAAACUAUGAAUUUAUUUGAUCAAAAAUGAAUUUGUGUUGUGAAAUUGUGAAUAUUUUAUGGCUGAUUUGUAUAAAUGCUUGGUAAUUUUUGACAGACAUUCAAAAUUUCUAGGAAUGUCUCAAUUAUCAGUAGGGAGGUACUGCGGUAUGCUGUUAGGUUUGUAAACUGAUGUGGGAAAGGGCCAGCUAGAGGCUGUGUGCUGGGUGCAUAAUGAGAGGAAAUCCAUUGUUUAGUUGGGAUUCAUAAAGGGUUGAGAGGUGGGGGGUGGACCAACAGCACUGCAGCGUGGGCCUCUGCACUCUGACACAUAAGCAUUGCCCGUUUUAUCCUUUUAAAACCACGUUUUCUUUGCAGGAAACCUAAUUGGUAAAUUUACUAUUCAAGAUAGGACUGUGGUUUGCAGAGUUAACAAUUGAAAAACAUGUGGGCACUAGGAGAAGUGUGAACUAAACACCUCAGCAGUGUUGUGCACUGUUCUCAUAAUAGAAACCCAUAUAGGAUGUCGUGCAAAGCAGCAACCUCAUAAUAA